AUGGCAUCCCUGCAAGGGGCAGAGAGAUCCUUCCGCUCAGAGGAAUCAUUUAAGGACUUGACGGCUACACCCGAUGUGGAUCCUUCUGGUGGCAGCUCUCAUGGAAAUGAAGGGGCCUCCCUUGCCCCAUCAGGUGCUUAUGACUCUCAUGUCUUGGUGGAGCAUCAGCAAGGCAGUCUCACCAUGUUUGUUUCACACCAGUGGCUGGGACAUCAACAUCCAGAUGUUGCUGGGGAGCAGAUGGAUGUGCUGCGCAGUUCCUUGGAGAAUCUGAUCCAGACUGUGACCAUGGAAGAGACUGUGCUCAUGCAAUUCACCGGAGUUCGCUCGAAAUUCCCAAAGCCAGCCGAUCUGAAGAAGGCGUUUAUUUGGAUGGACUGGUUUUCAAUUCUGCAAGUUGUGGCUGCGCAUGAUGAGGCUGCAAAGUUGCAGGCUGCCCGCGAUGCUGAGCUUGUUAUACGAUCUAUCCCUCUCUUUGUUGCAGCUUCGGAUGUGUUCCUGGCUCUUGUGCCGGCCAUGAAUGCAGCUGCCGACCCAACAGCGAAACAAUUGGCGCACGAUCAUGGAGCUGGAUACAACAGAGUGGCGCAGGAACGACGCGACGCUGCCGUGUGGGUCUCUACAGCUGCGCAGCGACAAAGCAUGGUGACACGCUCUUGGCUCGAACUGUGGUGCCACUUGCUCUCCACUCAGUCUGAGUUCCCAAUCACGGUGGCCUACGGUUCAAAGCAUUUGCAGUUUGCUAUGCCCAUGCAGUGGGUGAACAACUUUGUGCAUGAAGGUACUUUCACCGUGGGGGCAGACAGACACGAGUGCUGCCAGGUGGUUCGAAAAGCGUUGGACGACAAGCUCGACAGGCUCCUGUUGGAGAAGAAGAAGGAACAGUAUCGUUUUUGUCUCGCCAAAUGCCAGCAGAUUGCUGGGCUUCCCAUUCUAUCCAGAUCGCUCAACUGCUUCAUGACAGACUUCCACUUCGAGUCAAAGAAAUCACUUCAGCAACAAAAAGGUAUUGGGCCGAUGGCCUGUGCUGCAUUAUCAGGUGAUGCCCAGUUAUUGGUCCAAUUGCUGGAACAGAAGGCCAUCCUGGAGACAUCUUCUUUGCUAAUCUCAGAGAUCGACAUGUGGCCAGGCCAAACCCCCGUGCACUUUGCCGCCUCUGCCGGUGAGGCGGCGGGAGGCGUGUUGGCAGAACUGCUGCGGCUGCGGGCCGAUGCCAAUGGCACGCGCUUCGGCGCCAGGAGCUGCCUGGCGCUGUGCCGGUCGCCUUUGGCGGUGGAGCUGCUGGUGCAGUACUGGGGCGAUGUGAACCGAACAUCCGCGUUGGUGGGAGCCGCUCCAUUGUGCGAGCUGGUCUGCAGGGCAGCCAAUGUGGCAACGGUGGCAAAACUCAUAGAGCACAAAGCUGAUGUGAACCAGUUGGGAUCUGGAGCUGGGAUGCCACCUUUGAGUUGGCUGGCUGUGAAUUUGAGCAAUCCUUACUGCACAGAAGUGGCUCAGCUCCUCCUUCAAUCGCGAGCCGACAUCAACUGUCGGGUUCAAAUGGGUGGCAUCUUUCGAUUCCUGGAGGAUUUCGAAGCUAUCUGCGCCUCAGAUCUUGCAGCAGCAAGUCGCAGUGGAAGGUGCUUGGUCUUUGGUUCAGUGAGGGAGGGGCGAGUCCACUGGCGCCAGCUUUUCCAGCAACGAGUCUUUCAUCGAAUUUCUGAUUUUCUGCCCGUGCCCAAAUUGACGCUCAUUGUGCCAUGGACUUGGCAAGACAUGCGAGCACUCGCAGAUGGAAACUCAGGUGGAUGUGCCUGAGGAAGAGAUGAUUUCAGUGCAUUUCUGAGAAGUGAAGGUGCUGCAAGCAUUCUUAUGUUGAGGGCCCCUCAUUGUGGAUUACAAUUACAAGAAAUAUGACUGAACUAUCAUCUAUGCAACGUGGUGCCAACAUGUACCUGUGACGUAUUCAGGACCUGGACAUGGUGGAACAUUGGCUAGGCAUUUCUGAGGUGUUUGUGCAGAUCACCAAAAGAUCAGGAAAGAUCAGCGAUCCCUGAGACCCUCUAUCACUUUAACUAAGUUGACCAGAGCCUUGUGCAUGCAAUUUAGGUUUCACGUUAGCGGACAGCUGAGCUUCAUAAAGUGUUUUUAUUUUGUUUUCAAGCCAAAAA